AUGUAAAAGAGCGAGAUCGCCGUAUGCUACAAGGCAUCGUAGUGUUGGAUUUUCUCAACUACAGAUCCAUUGGCCCAUCAUGAAGCUCUACAACUCACUCGCUUUCAUCCCUCUGUUCCAGCUGGGCUAUGCGCUCCUCGAUGUCGAUGCUAUUGUGGACAAGCACUACGGCAACGACGCAGCAUGGUACCGCGACCGCAUUCCACUUUUCGAGUCGAGCGAUCAGGACAUUACUGAUGUGUACUACUACCGCUGGUCCAUUUUCCGCGCUCACCAACGCGACCUAGGCGCUUACGGAUACAUUUCCACUGAGUUUCUUGACGAUGUCGGCUGGCAGACGAAGCCCUUCGCAAGUCUGAACGAUGCCACUGGAUUCCACCUGUUGGAGGGUCGAUGGUGUCGCGACCGCCGCUUCAAAGAAGACUACGCGACGUUCAUGUACAGCGCCAACAGUAACAGUCGCCAAUUCUCCGAGAGCAUGGCCGCAGCAGUCUGGCAGGGCUAUCUCGUUGACGGCGUAAAGGAAGACGCAAUCAAGCGCCUCUCCGACAUGACGCGCGUAUACGACGCCUGGGACGAUUCCUUCGACACCUCAAAGGGGCUAUACUACGUCGAACCCAUCCGCGACGCAACGGAAUACACAAUCUCCAGCAUCGACUCGUCAGGCGGCUACGACGGUUUCUUCGGCGGUGACUCCUUCCGCCCCAGCAUAAACAGCUAUCAGUAUGCCAACGCGCUCGCCAUUGCCAACAUGGCGUCGCUCGCCGGCUCCAUGAACAGCACCGUUGAUACAUACAACAGCCGCGCCGAAGCACUCAAACAACGCGUCCAAGACGCCCUCUGGAACACAACCUUCGCCCACUUCAUCGACCGUUACCAAGUCAACAACACAAACGUCACCUACUGGGACCCCAUCCGCGGCCGCGAACUCGUCGGCAUGGUCCCCUGGACGCACGACCUGCCCGACGACACCGCAGACUACGCAGAAGCCUGGUCUCACAUCCUCGACAGCGACAAACUAAAGGGAGAAGCCGGUCUGCGGACUGUAGAACCUAGUUACGAGUACUACAUGCGGCAGUACCGGUACGAAGGCCCCAACCCAGAAUGCCAGUGGAAUGGCCCUGUUUGGCCGUUUCAAAUGACACAAGUCCUCUCUGGCCUCGCGAACUUCUUGGAUCAUUAUGUGAAGGGGAGGGAGACGGGUGUUAUUAACAGCGAUGACUACACAAACCUACUCCGUCAAUACGCACAGUUGCAUCGAAACCCCGACACGGGCAUCUUGGAUCUAGAAGAAGACUACUACCCCGACACCGGUCUCCCCAUCGUAGGACUCAAGCGCUCACAUCACUACUUCCACUCUGGCUUCAACGACCUCGUCCUCUCUGGUCUCGUUGGCAUACGGCCUUCUGCGGACGACGUAUUAGACGUAGCACCUUUGGCAUCCGCCGCCCAAAUGAGUUACUUCCGCGCUGAACGCAUCAUCUACCACGGCCGUGAAAUCGCCGUACAGUGGGAUAAAGACGGUAGCCACUACGGUGGCAACAGCACGGGUUUACGCGUCGAAGUCGAUGGGAAAGUCGUUGCGUCAAGUCCCUCUCUGACUCGUCUUACAGUUGAGUUGGAGAGGAAAGCUCCGCCGGCUAUCACGGGGAAGAUCGCCAAGUCUAUCCAACUCAACUCUACAACAGCCUACCCACGUGGUUCAGCCUCGGUGGGGGACUCCAGUCAGUCAGUCACAUACCCCGCGAUCGACGGUAGAAUCUGGUUCUACACUGAGACGGACGCGAAGAACGGGUGGGAUACACCCAUCGGCAACGGGACUUCCAUCUGGUUCCAGAUCGACUUUGGCAAGAGUGUUAGUAUGAGUAGUGCUGAGCUAGCGUUCUUUGCGAAUCAGGAACAAGGGUUUGCGGAGCCGGAGAGCUAUAAGAUUCAGGUGCCUAGCGGGGGAAACGGUGCUGAGUGGACGGAUGCGGAGGAUGCGGUCUAUGGCGAAGUUGUUGCGAAUGGGAUUACAGAGGUUGAAUGGAAGGAGGUUGAGGGACAGAAGGUCAGGGUGAUUUUCACGCCCAAGAUGGGGAUGAAGGUCAGGAUUGCGGAGUUCAAGGUAUACUAG